AGUUCUUUCAGUUUCUAUAUCUGCACUAGUCUUGUUUGCGUUGUGUUAACUUGUGAGACGAAGAAAUCAAAUUAGUUUUAAUAUUUGUAAUAAUACUUUUGAACGUUGGACUAUAGAUGGAAAACAGUGUACCACAACAUUGUCCUGGUGUUGAGAGUGAAAUUGCUGGGAAAGCAGAAGCAUGUGCUGGUUGCCCAAACCAAAAGAUAUGUUCAGCAGCAAAACCUAGUGAACCUGAUCCUGACAUUGAUGUCAUAAAACAAAAAAUGUCUUCAGUUAAAAAUGUGAUUUUAAUUUUAUCUGGUAAAGGAGGUGUUGGUAAAAGCACUUUUACUUCUAUGUUGGCUCAAAUAUUAUCAGAGGAUGAUACCAAAACAGUUGGAGUCAUGGAUAUUGAUUUAUGUGGACCAUCAAUGCCUAGGAUAUUUGGAGUAGAACAAGAACAGGUUCAUCUAAGUGGCUCUGGUUGGUCUCCUGUAUUUGUUGAAGAGAAUCUAUGUGUGAUGUCAAUUGGUUUCCUACUUAAAAGUCCUGAAGAAGCUGUUAUAUGGCGAGGACCUAAAAAAAAUGGUCUAAUCAAACAGUUUCUAAAAGAUGUUGAUUGGGGAGAAUUGGAUUAUUUAUUAAUUGAUACACCUCCUGGAACAUCAGAUGAACACCUUUCAAUUUCUCAGUAUCUCCAAGAUACUAAUUUGAAAGGAGCUAUCAUUGUUACAACACCACAGGAAGCAUCACUAUUAGAUGUACGUAAGGAAAUAAAUUUUUGCAAAAAGGUGAAACUAGAAAUCCUAGGUGUAGUAGAAAAUAUGAAUAUGUUUGUGUGUCCAAAGUGCAAGCAUUCAUCAGAAAUAUUCCCUGCAACCACAGGCGGUGGACAGAAAAUGGCAGAGGAAAUGCAGGUUCCUUUUUUGGGAAAAAUUCCUUUAAACUCUCAAAUAGGAAAAGGCUGUGAUGAAGGUCGUUUAUUUACCAAAGAAAGUGAUUUUAUCGCAAAAGAUAUUUUAAAAUCUAUUUCAGAGAGCAUUUUGAAGACUAUUGAACCAUAGAAAAGCCAAUGUGCAAUCUGCCUGAAUUUAUAUAAAUGUAUAAGUUUCAUAUUUCACUUUGCAAAUAAAUAGCUUCAUCUCUCGCUGCUAA